UGGUCCAAUCUCGAUCCUCCUGAUCUCAGCCUCUCAAGUGACUAGGCCUGAAUCCCUGGAGCCUGGCUUUACUUCUCCUGUGUAGUUGAAGUUGAUAUAUGUACUUUAUUUGUUGACCUGAGACAUCCAUUUGAAUUUGUGUUUUGCCUUUGAUCUGUGAUUAUGUAAGGGCAUUUUCUUUGUCCCUGUGGUAGUUUGAGGAAGAUAGCAUUAUAUUCUCUUACAUCUUUUAUGUUCCAUUAAUCAUCAAGGUGUGAAGAAAGCAUGGCAUAGAAACCAAAUGAACUUUGCUGGUUUUUCAGUUAGGUGAAUUAGAUUAUUUCAAUUUCAGGGUAUAUUACUUUUUCAUUAUGCCUAGCUAUUUCUUUGCCAUAGUAAUUGGAAGUGUAGUAUUUGAUAUAAAGUAAGUAUAAUGUGUUUAUUCAUUUUUUUCUUUCCUUGUAAUCUAGUUACCUUUUGACCCGGUACGCCGAAUCCCUAGGUCAGUAUGCUGCUGCAUCCCAGUCCUGUAACUUCGCACUCAGGUUUUUCCACUCCAACCAGAAAGAUAUACUGCAGGCAAACAGCUCGCCGAGGUGUCCCAUGGGGGUUUAAAAGCCGCAUCGAAUGCAGUUGAAUUAGCGCCCGUGGCGCAAUCCCGCGGCCUGAAAUGAACCCUGCGAGGCUGUGUUUCAGAGGACCUCAGAAUAUAUUAUUCAAGCUUACAAAUAUGGUGCAUUUGAGAAGAUCCCAGAGUUUAUCGCUUUUAGGAACAGGCUGAAUAAUUCUCUCCAUUUUGCGCAAGUCCGUACUGAACGGAUGCUGUUAGACCUUCUACUUGAAGCAAAUAUAUCUAUCACCUUAGCAGAAAGUAUAAAGUCAAUGAAUCUUCGGCCAGAAGAAGAUGACAUUCCAUGGGAGGAUUUGCGAGAUAACCGAGACUUAAAUGUUUUCUUUAGCUGGGAUCCAAAAGACAGGGAUGUUUCUGAAGAACAUAAGAAACUUUCCUUGGAGGAAGAGACCAUGUGGUUAAGAAUCCGUUCCUUAACGUUGAGGCUGAUCAGUGGACUUCCGAGUCUUAACCACCCUGUGGAGUCAAAGAACUCGGAGAAGACUGCUGAGAAUGGGGUGUCGUCCCGGAUUGAUACUCUGCGUUUGCUCCUUCAACAGCUCGAGGUGGCUGUGGAGAUGGGAAAGCGAUUUACUGAGAAGGAAAUUCAGUAUCCUUUCCUUGGCCCUGUACCAACCAGAAUGAGUGGAUUCUUUAAUUCUGGCUGUUCUCAAUGCCAGAUAAGUUCCUUUCAUCUUGUGAAUGAUAUUUAUGAGCUGGAUACCAAUGGCUUAGGUAAGUGUACACAGUGUGCGUAGUUACUCAACCUUCGUUAUUGAAAACUUAGUAAAUGCAAUAAAAUAUCUAUAACCUCCCACAUUAGAAACAUGCAUAGAUGUAAGCUGGCAGCUGCUCUGGAAAAGUCUAGUUUUCUAAACAAGAGACAGCUUUCAAAGUAUUAUUUUAGAAACCUAAGUCAUUUCCAUGUUUAAUGUCACUU